GUUAUGAGAAGACAGAUGAUGUUUCAGAGAAGACAUCAUUAGCUGAUCAAGAGGAAGUGAGAACUAUAUUUAUCAAUCAGCCACAAUUCUCUAAAUUCUGUAGCAAUCAUGUCAGCACUGCAAAAUACAAUGUUAUCACAUUCCUGCCAAGGUUCCUCUAUUCCCAGUUCAGGAGAGCUGCUAAUGCCUUUUUUCUUUUCAUUGCAUUGCUUCAGCAAAUUCCAGAUGUUUCUCCAACAGGACGGUAUACUACUUUGGUCCCUCUCUUAUUUAUUUUAGUUGUAGCAGCAGUUAAAGAAAUAAUAGAAGAUAUUAAAAGACAUAAAGCUGAUAAUGCUGUGAAUAAAAAGGAAAUACAAGUAUUGAGAAACGGAGCUUGGGAAAUUGUACAUUGGGAAAAGGUAGAUGUUGGAGAUAUAGUUUUAAUAAAAGGCAAAGAAUAUAUACCUGCUGACAUUGUACUUCUCUCAUCAAGUGAGCCGCAAGCUAUGUGCUACAUUGAAACAUCAAAUUUAGAUGGUGAAACUAAUUUAAAAAUACGACAGGGCUUGCCACUGACAUCUGAUAUAAAGGACAUUGACAGCUUGGUGAGGCUUUCAGGCAAAAUUGAAUGUGAAAGUCCUAACAGGCAUCUCUAUGACUUCGUUGGAAAUAUUAGACUAGAAAGCCAUGGGACUGUUCCACUGGGGCCUGACCAAAUUCUUCUCCGUGGUGCUCAGCUAAGAAAUACACAAUGGGUUCAUGGAAUAGUUGUUUAUACAGGACAUGAUACAAAACUCAUGCAGAACUCAACAAGCCCACCUCUUAAACUAUCUAACGUGGAAAGGAUUACAAAUAUACAAAUUCUGUUUUUGUUCUGCAUUCUUAUUGCCAUGUCUCUGAUCUGUUCCAUUGGUUCAGCUAUAUGGAAUCAAAAGCAUGAAGGGAGAGACUGGUACAUCAAUCUAACCUAUGGUGGAGCUAAUAAUUUUGGACUAAAUUUCCUGACGUUUAUCAUUCUCUUCAAUAAUCUAAUUCCGAUCAGCCUGUUAGUUACACUGGAAGUUGUUAAAUUUAUUCAAGCAUAUUUUAUAAAUUGGGAUAUUGACAUGCACUAUGAACUUACAGACACUGCUGCCAUGGCACGUACAUCCAAUCUUAAUGAAGAACUCGGCCAGGUCAAAUACAUAUUUUCGGACAAGACAGGUACCUUGACGUGCAACGUAAUGCAAUUUAAGAAGUGUACCAUAGCAGGAAUAUCUUACGGGGAGAGUUCACAAGCAAGGGAAGAAAAAACAUUUAGCGACUCAUCAUUACUGGAAAACCUCCAAAACAAACAUCCAACUGCACCUAUAAUUUGUGAGUUUUUGACAAUGAUGGCAGUUUGUCAUACAGCUGUUCCAGAAAGAGAGGAUGAUGGGAUAAUUUAUCAAGCAGCAUCUCCAGAUGAAGGAGCUUUGGUUAGAGCAGCUAAGCAACUUCAUUUUGUUUUUACUGGAAGAACACCGGACUCUGUCAUUCUAGAAUCUCUGGGUCAAGAAGAAAGAUAUGAAUUGCUAAAUGUGUUAGAAUUUACAAGUUCUAGGAAAAGAAUGUCUGUGAUUGUACGCACGCCAUCAGGAAAAUUAAGACUGUACUGCAAAGGAGCUGACACAGUAAUUUAUGAUCGUCUGGCUGAAAAUUCAAGAUACAAAGAAAUUACCUUGAAACAUUUAGAGCUAUUUGCUACUGAAGGUUUGAGAACACUCUGUUUUGCUGUUGCUGAGAUUUCAGAAAGUGAUUAUCAGGAGUGGCUGAAUGUGUAUCGAAGAGCUGCAGCUUCUAUUCAAAACAGAGCACUAAAACUUGAAGAGAGUUAUGAACUAAUUGAAAAAAAUCUCCAGUUACUUGGAGCUACAGCCAUAGAAGACAAGCUACAAGACCAAGUGCCUGAAACAAUAGAAACACUAAUGAAAGCAGAUAUCAAAAUUUGGAUUCUUACUGGAGACAAGCAAGAGACAGCCAUUAACAUUGGACAUUCCUGUAAACUCUUGAGAAAGAACAUGGGGCUAAUUGUCAUAAAUGAAGGCUCUCUUGAUGCAACAAGAGAGACAUUAAGCCAUCACUGCAGCACUCUUGGUGACGCUUUGAGGAAGGAAAAUGAUUUUGCGCUAAUUAUUGAUGGUAAAACAUUGAAGUACGCUUUGACAUUUGGUGUAAGGCAGUAUUUCUUGGAUUUGGCUCUGUCAUGUAAAGCUGUCAUUUGCUGCAGAGUUUCACCUCUUCAGAAAUCUGAUGUUGUAGAAAUGGUUAAAAAACAGGUAAAGGUAGUAACAUUGGCAAUUGGUGAUGGAGCAAAUGAUGUCAGCAUGAUACAAACAGCACAUGUAGGUGUUGGCAUUAGUGGAAAUGAAGGGCUCCAAGCAGCUAAUUCUUCAGAUUAUUCAAUAGCUCAGUUCAAGUACUUGAAGAACUUACUUUUGGUCCAUGGUGCCUGGAAUUAUAGCAGAAUUGCUAAAUGCAUUUUAUACUGCUUCUACAAGAAUAUUGUCCUUUACAUUAUUGAGAUAUGGUUUGCAUUUGUUAAUGGAUUUUCUGGACAGAUACUUUUUGAAAGAUGGUGCAUAGGACUUUAUAAUGUGAUCUUUACAGCUAUGCCUCCAUUGACACUUGGAAUAUUUGAGAGAUCCUGCCACAAAGAAAACAUGCUAAAAUACCCUGAAUUAUACAAGACCUCCCAAAAUGCUCUGGAUUUCAAUUCAAAGGUUUUCUGGGUUCAUUGUUUAAAUGGCCUCUUUCAUUCAGUAAUCCUGUUUUGGUUUCCACUAAAAGCCAUCCAGUAUGAUACUGUGUUUGCCAGUGGUAAAACUUCAGACUACUUGCUUUUGGGAAAUGCUGUAUAUACAUUUGUGGUAAUAACUGUGUGUUUAAAAGCUGGAUUAGAGACUUCAUAUUGGACUUUGUUUAGUCAUAUAGCUAUAUGGGGCAGCAUUGCACUCUGGGUAGUAUUUUUUGGCAUCUACUCUUCUUUAUGGCCAAUCAUUCCUAUGGCACCAGACAUGUCUGGAGAGGCAGUGAUGUUAUUCAGCUCCGGAGUCUUCUGGAUGGGCUUAUUAAGUAUUCCAAUGACAGCACUGAUAUUUGAUGUAGUAUAUAAAGUAGUAAAGAGAGCAGCAUUUAAGACUUUAGUAGAUGAAGUUCAGGAGUUGGAAGCAAAAUCUCAAGAUCCAGGAGCUGUUGUUCAUGGGAAAAGCUUAACUGAAAGAGCUCAGCUAUUGAAAAACGUCUUUAAGAAAAACCAUCUCAACUUGUACCACUCUGAAUCUUUGCAACAAAACUUACUUCAUGGAUACGCUUUCUCACAAGAUGAAAACGGAAUUGUUUCACAGUCUGAAGUAAUAAGAGCAUAUGAUACAACAAAACAGAGACCUGAUGAAUGGUGAAGGACAAUGUCACAGAGUUCCAAUAUUUGCCAUAUCAAGGCAAAUUAAUGCAUAUUUCCUGCAUCUGCACACAUGGUCCAGUAACAAGAUUAGAGGGAGUUGUAUGUUGUUACUCUUGUUUCUUGAAGUUCACAUAUUGAGUAGACAUAAGCACUGUGCAACUAUACUCUAAUACACCAUCUCUAAAAAUUUUCAAAAGUUGCUUGGAUUUUGUAAACGGAUACUGAUAAUUACCUGCAGCCUUUUCAAACAGCUUAUUUACAGUGAAGAUGAGUACUGUUCCUGUGUAUAGAGAGAAAUACUGUGGAUAUAGAUAUCUAUCUUGAAUAUAAUGAACAACCAGAUUGCUCAACAUACUAUACAUUGAGAAGCAUAGCCUUUGCAAAGGUGUAUACAUGGUGAAAUUAUUUGAAAUAAUGAGCCUUUGAUUUCCACAAGUGCUAAAGAACCAUUUUAAUUACCUUAAUUCAUGUGAUGAAGAAAGAUUUCAAAGCAAGUAUUAACAAGGAAUUGUGACAAAUGAGCUUGUUUGCCAAAGAAGUUCCAUAUUUCUCAUUUUAGUCAUCAUUUGUAGAGAUAAAGGAUAGUGAUAGCAAUGGUGUUUGAUGUCAGAAUUGCAUGUUUGAUACUCUGUACUUGAAAAGUUUUACAAUAAUAUGAAAACUGAUAUAAUUUGAUUUUUAUUGCAUUUAUUUUCAGAUCUGCAGUUACUUUCACCUUUGGCCUUACAGACACCUUUCUUUUCUCUUUUGUGUUCCUUUAACAGAAUGUGUACAUUUAACACAACAUUCAUUUUCUCUGUCAUGAGUAUGUGUCUUUGAGACUUGUUACCUGCUUUAAAAUCCUGAUUUGGAGACAUUUGUGUGCAAGAUUGGGCUGUGUUUAAGAUGUUCCUUUGCCACUCUCCCUGUACAUAUAAUCAGAACUUUCAUUUUAAAAAGCAAGGGUUACUUGUUGGGGUUGGCAGAGAGAAAAGAUGGUGCCUUAACUAAGUUUCCUGUUUCCCAAACAGGCAUGAACACUGUCAGAAAAGAAAGAGCCAACUACUGUAUAUUAUUGACUGUUUGGACAUAGUUCAAGACCAUAGUGCAUUGCGUACAUCCCACAUGGAUACAUAUGUAUAGGCCCCAUAAAGAGAACCCAAACCAGAAUUUUGUAAUAUUUACAGAAGCCAGAAACAGAUUGUUCUUAGUGGAUUGGCAUGGAGGUGUUCUUCAAAAUGCAAAUUUUAUUUACAGAACAUUUUACGUAUAAAUUAGUUUACUAUAAAAUAAUUUGCUUUGUUAGUCGUCGUCAUCUAAAAAAAGGAAUAGAUGUUAUCAGCUUAGUACUAUACUAUACAUUGUUUGCACUAUAAAACAGUUUAUUUUUGGUAUUUAAUAUAUUCUGUUUAUACAUUCCCAAAUUUGAUUUAAAUUAGCUAACGUUUGAGAAUUUAAAAUAAUAAGGUUUGUGUGUGUUUUAAAUAAAAACAUUUUCUAACCAGUAAUGUAAAACUUCCCUUCUCAUUAACUGAAAUGUUUUGAUUAAAUGUUUUUAAAUAUGUCAUUUUGUAAAAUCAUAAUGAAAAAAACUAAUAUUAAAUUGCAACGUCCUUUUUUCCACUGUGCGUGUUAAGAGCCAUUUCAAUUGGUCAAUAAUAUAUUUUAUAUAGACAGUUCCAUGUCUGAUUUCAGUGACAUGUCCAAUUUGUUUACCUAUCUAUGGACAAGGAUAAAAAUUAUGGUAAAUUCAAUAUUUGUGGGUUGUGUUUCUACAUUAAGUCCAUUUUUAAAAAGUAAUGCGAAAUAGAAACACUAUUUAUUAAAUAUUGCAUAUACUUCUGAAAUAUUUCAUAUAUUUAUGAUUUAAGUAUACAAUUUUUCAUACUUAUUUCAUAACUGUGCUCAUAGUAUAAAGUUAUUUUUCUCUGGCUAAGCAGAAAAUAAACAAGGAGUCAAUGAAGUCUCUCGUUAAAAAGGGCUCUCCUUCUAAUCUUGCAGCCUGAAAUUGCCUUUAGGAAAGCUAUUUCUGGCACAGAUCAUUAAUAAAGCAAUGAGAGCCAAAUAAAUUGACCUACUAUACACACAUACACCCACACAUUCACACUGUCACAUAUACACAGUUAAGGGCAUCUUCAAAAACCUGGAUUAUUGCUUUAUAUUAACACAAAAUAUUUCUGAAGCAAAUUAUUAAAAAAUACGAUAGCAUAUUUACAGUACAGUUUUAAGCGGCGUAUAUUUCUUUUAGAAUCAAAAAAAUAAAUUCAGAUAAUGAUUAAGCAGAAACUGAAUAACAUAUCCCGUUCGUUGCUUAUGACCUUAAGGCAAGCUCUUAUUGACUCUGACAGCGAGAAUCUUUAGUUCAGCCAGCAGCGGCAAGCGCAUAUACGGUCCGCAUAACGCUACAUGUAGAUGGACACAGGGGUCAACCCCUGCUCCAUUCCCAACAGCAUGAAAGGGAAUGUUUUGCAUGCGAGUGACCUAGAAUAAUGAUCUGCACGCAGAGUCUUGUUUCUGCACACAGGGGAUCCUGUUUUCUCACACAGAUUGUCCUUGGUGAAUCAAGAUGCAGGCAUAAAUACCUUGCAUUAACUAAAAUUCAGGAAAUGAAAGUUCCCCAGUUGCCCAGCCUUACAAACAUGGUAGACAAUAUUCACUGCCAGUUAUUAUAUAUUACAUUUUUCUUUCAAAUGUGCCAGUUUAUUCAAGGUGCCAGACCUCAAUGUUUCGUUUUCUCCCAUUUUCUAACCACCUAGGAAAGAUGAAAAAAACUCUUCUGAGAACGCGCUUUAUAAAGUAAAUGGUAUAGAAAUGUUUGAUUCAAAGAAAAAUUUUCAGACUUCUAAAUAACAUAAAUCCAAGUAAACGAGAACUGUUGAACAAAAGUCAGGAUGUACAAAGCAUAUGUAAUUUGCAAACCUAUACCUUUCAUUUAAAAAAAAGGCUUUAAAAGUUAUUUAUUACACUAUAAUAUAGAAAUAUAUAUUAUAUUAUAAUAUAAUAUAUAUUUAGGGAAGUUGGUUGAUAUGCAUACUUUAUUCAAAUAGGGUUCUUUUAGAUUACAGUAUUUUAUUUUAAAGUGAUAAAAAUUACAUUUUUCUUAGUUACCUGCAUUAAGGAAAUUGUAUAUUAUGUGUAUAUUAUGUAUUGUGCAAUAUUUAUGUUAACAUUUAAAAAAUCAUUGUUGAAAGAAUCUGCUACCAUUCAGAAAUCAAAAGUAUGUCUAUACCUGUAUAUUAUUUUUAAUUAAAUAACUGUAAGAAUGUGGUACUAUUUAACCAGAAAAUCAACCAACUGGAUACACUUUGUGAAGCCAUAAGUAGUCAUGUUUUCUUAGGUUAGACUUAUUUGCAAAAAUAAAUUUUAAUAAAAUUAAAUAAUAGUUUAAAAACCUUUUUAGUUGUAUACCAGUAGAAGAAAUGUUUUAAAAAGUAUAAUACAAUCUCUCAUGGGAAGACCUCCUUUUUAUCAUCAAUUAAUGUUAAAUUAAUUAUUUGCUUGACAAUUGGACCACGUGACCUUUUUUCCCCUACUGACUUACGUGUUGUGGAAACGCAGUUGUCGUUUUGGUUAAGUUUUAGCAAUCUGUCUGCAUGUCACAGUGUGAAUCUGAACGUGAUGCAUGCUUGUGCUGUAACGCUUAUUAUUUCUUUGUUAGCUGAAACAGGCAUCAAAGCGUGUAUGUUUGGUAAGCAAAAGUGAAGUGUUGGGUGAACAACGGGAGUGCCACCUUCAUUUUGUUAGCAUGGAAUGUCAACUCAAAAGGAGCCCCGUAGUGAAAGCAUUCCAAAAUAUGCGCAAGGCCCAAGAAACUGAUUGAAUUAGUCAAUAAAUUAUAGUGAAAAUCGACCGUGAUGUAUCUACUUGCUUUAUAAGUUGUUUCAACACAGACUUGUGCAUCCAUUUAAUAUUUUGUACUUGCAAAACUGUGACCCAGACGUGUAAAAGCUGAAUCAUGUUUCAGUGUUGUUGUUUUUUUCUUGUUCUACAAUUUAAGCCAUAAUGCAUUAACUUAGUUUUCCGCUGCAGUUUUCAUGAAAUGUUCAUAAAAAAUAGGCACUAUAUAAUACUUAGGACUGCAUUCAAGGUAAGGUAGGAUUUUCCAGCUCCCCUAAAUCAUUACUGCUGAAACUACUGUGGAAAUUGUGAAGCUGCAUGAAUGGAGAGAUUUUUGACUCAGUGUUUAUGGUAGUUUUCUCAGGUUUAGUUUUAAAUGGAUGUUAAAUGCACUGUUUUAUAAUGUUAAUAAAUUUUAAUAAUAUAUUCACUUCUAUGCAGUGUUACAUGUCAUUGGCAUUUGGUGAAUGUGCAUGUUCUGAACUGCAAAUUUUAAUUGUUUUGUCUUCUAAUUGUUAAACAAUAAACCUUGCCAUUAAGUA